ACACACACCGAUAAGCCACAACAUUAAAACCACCUGCCUGAUAUUGUGUAGGUCCCUCUCGUGCCACCAAAACAGCACCAACCCGCAUCUCAGAACAGCAUUCAGAGAUGAUAUUCUUCUCACCACAAUUGUACAGAGCGGUUAUCUGAGUUACCGUAGAUUUUGUCAGUUCAAACCAGUCUGGUCAUUCUCUGUUGACCUCUCUCAUCAACAAGGCGUUUCCAACAUGUUUUUAAAAUUUUAAUAGUAAUUUGUCACGUUAUUAAUGUCCUGACUAUACAUUGUGAUCAGUUGAAUGCCAUUUUGGUGAAUAAAAGUACCAAUUACUUUCCAUAAGAGCAAAAUCUGUACAUUAUGCCAAACUUUUGGCCGCCAGUAUGUGUAUGUGUGUAUAUAUAUAUAUAUAUAUAUAUAUAUUGGGGUGUAACGGUACACAGAAGUCACGGUUCGGUAUGUACCUCGGUUGUGGGGUCAUGGUUCGAUACGAGUUCGGUACAACAGGAAAAAGCAAUAAAUCCCAAAUGCUAGGUUUCUUUUCAUUUAUUUUGAACAGACAGUAGUGCAAAAUACAGUUUGUUCCACCUAGCGGCAUUUAGUCCCCCCUGAGGUAGGUGGUACAGUACAGCCUCCUUUAGUGUAUUAAGCACUAAGCAGUAAACAGAAUGCACUCUUGCAUAGGCCAUAUUUUUUUGUAGGGUUGAUAAAAAACAAAAGGUAUUUGGUCACAAUCAGCUACAAAACUGAAAAGCAUCUCUUGUGUUAUAAAAGUACAAAAUAAAUAGAAUAAUGAAAAAUAAAACUUGUGCAUUAGGAGAAGCCAUUCUUGUUUUGGGUUGGUGCAUAGAUGGUCUCUUCUUCCACUCUUUUUCCUGUUGUGGCGGUUAGCAAACAGUAUGACAUUAUCACGCGCGCCCCCUUCUGGAUUGGAGUGGAUCGCCUGUGACUGACUCGGAUGUGUUCUUCGUCUGACUGCAUGCACCGAACCAUGACAUCAGUACCAUGAUGUUUUGGGAUGAAUACAUGUACCGUUACACCCCUAAUAUAUAUAUAUAUAUAUACAUACACAAACACAGUUGUAGUAUAUGCUAACAAUUAAAAGACAACUGUAUACUGUGACUUAACAGUGAACAGGACCGGGAAAUUACUGUGUAGUAGCAGUGCUGUAGAUUCACAAUUAUAAUUUUUUUUAUUUGUUAUUUUUAUUUUUUUUAUAUACAAUGCUUGUUAAUUGUCACUGCUGUUGAGUUUUAUAUGCCGAGGUUAGAUGUCUGUGCAUGCCUAGUUUACAAUUUACCGGUAUACACAAAUUUAAUUAGAGAUAAGAACCAAUAACAACCAAAAAGACUAAGCAUUGCAAACAUCCCUCCCCAAUUAUUUAUGUAAACAUAUAUUAUUCCUUUAUUUUCAUGUACAGAACUAUACAUUAAUGAUCCAACUUUAGAGUUAAUCGCUAAAAUUUCUCCAUGUAACACAGUGCGACAAAUUGUGUUCUAUAACACAACUGUACCAGCUGGGGGAAUAUCAUUGUAAAUAUGUAAAAGUUCCCACUAUUAUCAUAAUGCAGUGCGAUAUUGUUAUUAUUAUUAAUAUUUUACAGCAAUUUGUGGCAUUUUGAUUUUACAAUAAAAUUCUGAAUAUUCAGUAUUCAAUAUUUAAUUACAAGAAAGUACUGUUAAAUGCAUUAUCAGCAACAAAUACAGUGUUUCAAUAUUCUGCAAACUUAAGAGUGUGCUUCGUUGGAUGUGUGAAUUGUUUUGAAAGAACUGACAAUAGUUUGGAGGAAUUGGAAAAACUGUAUCUGAGUUAAGGUUUUGCUGUCUUGCAUAUGUUUACACGUGAUGUUAAACAUGCUGCUGUAUGUGUGUUUUUUUUCUUCUAGUGUCUCAGCUGAUGUCAGUCUGGAUUGUAAACACACUGAAGACUACUGAACUCCCAGAGUUUCGUGGUGAGCUGGACAUCGGGAUCGGCACUAUAGAUUUUGCCCUUUCAAACAUGUGGAUUGUGCAGUGCAGCAUGUCAGAGCCAUUGCUGGUGUUUGUCAAGGGAACAGGUGUAUCUGUGACAGUCACUCAACUCUUACUGGCUGUCACAGGCAGCUGGGCGACACACUUUGGUAUCAUCAUUUUGUUCCAGCCAUUUGAAAGUGAGUUCAGUGGACACAUUUCAGAUGUGUUACGUCAGAAGAUUUGCCAGGCAACUGAACAAGCAAUUGUUGACUUGGAGAGACACCUACAGGAAUCUUCUGGUACUGACAAGAGUUAUUUUGGCAGCAGUGUCAAUUUAUUCAAACUUACUCACCCUCAUGUUGUUGCAAACACGUAUGGAACACAAAAGGGCGAGUUUUACAGCAGCAGUUCUCCCUCUGAACCACUGUUCUCUCCAAGCGCAUUUGAUAUGCAGCCUGCAGAAAACUACACGCUCUCACUGGCCGCAUCUGACUUUUUUGUGAAUUCAGCAGCUUAUGCAUAUUUCAGCUCUGGGCUUCUUCAAAUUAACAUCAAAGAUGACGUGAUACCAAAGAGCUCCCCGAUCCAUCUGAACACCAGCCAGUUUGGCAUAUUCAUUCCACAGUUGUGCACCCUAUAUCCCGACAUGGAGAUGCAGGUGCUGUUAUAUGCGAGAGAGACACCACUCUUUUCCUUUAGCUCUGCUGAGGUGGAUGUUCAUGUUACGGCUGCAGCAAAGUUCUCUGCUGUUAAACAUGACCGCACACUGAUUCCUCUGUUCAGAGUGGAUGUGGACAGCAGCUUCAAUGGAAACUCACAGAUUGACAAUAUUCACCUAACUGCAGCUUUCAACAUAAACAAUUUAACUCUGACUCUCGGAUCAUCUAAGAUUGGUGAUUUCAAUAAAGGACCACUUGAGAAACUGUUAAAGAUGGCAAUGAGCACAGUUGUACUUCCAAAAUUAAAUGCUUACCUGAAGAUUGGUGUCCCAUUACCCACUCUGCAUGGCUUUAGCUUUAGUAAUGCUGAAAUGUUCUUAAGAAACGGUUUUGUGCUCAUUGUGACAGAUGUUGAAGCCCCCCGUGACAUGCCAAGUGGUCUCUGAGAUCCAAACAUAGAUUGUGCUGAACAACAGCAUGACUCUUUUCCAAUGAGUUUCCCUACAAUGCUUAAAUAAUUGUUACAUUCAUUUUUCACACAAUUUCUUGUGAAAUUCUAUGGAGUAUCUUAGAGGACAAGGAGUGAAUUUACUUCCUAAAAUAGUUUUGUAUUCUCCUUGCAAUAAAUUUUGUGUUCCCUCGCAAUUAUUUUGGUUUCCAUCGCAAUACCUGUAUUCAUCACUUACAAAAAUUAACCAAGGUUUUACUGCAGUAUUCAUAGAUCAUUUUAAUCAUGAUACUCACAGUAAAACCAUAGUAACAAUACAGGAAAACCAAAACUAUGGUUAAAAUUUUUAUAUAUAUAUAUAUAUAUAUAUAUAUAUAUAUAUAAUCAUAAUCAAGCUGCCAAAAACAUUUACAACACUUUUACAAUAGUAACACAAUGGUUAAUUUGUUAUACAAGUAUGGCUAUGGUUUUUAUGAAAAAUAACCAUGAUUACUUUUGGGUUAGUUCACCCAAAAAUUUAAAUUCUCUCAUAAUUUACUCACCCUCAUGCCAUUCCAGAUGUGUUAUGCAGAAAAAGAAUGUCA